AGAUGGCGACGUGCGCGCGUUCGCACACUACAAUGGGUAUUUGCUGAAGCUUGACACGACAGUUAGCAUGUAAGAAAGAGGUUUUUUCACAGUUUCUCGUGUAGUUUUUUGAAAAAUAGGCGUGAAAUGCCACUAACGCCUCUAGUUUACUGGGCUCAACGCCAUGGAGAAAUAUACCUGCGAGUGGAGCUGACGGACGCUCAGGUGAGUAGACUAUCUUCAGCCACAUGUCAUUGAGAAACCCAGAGUCUCUGCUGAGCCAUGAUGUCUUUUUAUGUCCCAUUUGGUUACCUUUGAAUAAUGCAAAAAGUCUGAAUUCUGAUAUCUACCACACCACGAGUGGUUGCUCAUGUUACAUACUGGAUAAUAAUCCUUCCUCCCCAAAAAGUGAGGUGAGGUGAGGUGGGUGAACAGGUGCAGGAAAUGUGAUGCUUGAAGCUGCAGGAGGGACCCAAUGCAGCACACAUUUACACUGAGCUGUAACAUGAAUACAAGCUGUUUCAGGGAGGAGAUGGUGUGAAACAGCUUAUUCUGGUUCUUCAAACAGGGAAAUGAUUUUAUCAGAUCAUUCAAAUUCACUGUUGGUGUUAGUUGUGUGUAUUUCAGCUUUAUUUUUAGUUGUGUAUUUCCAAUGACUCAUUGGUUUUUGUCAUAUUUCUGCCUGUUCAGCAGUGUUACAUGUACAAUCAUGAGUAAUAUAAUACUCGACAUCUCUUCCUGUAAGGGGAAGUAAGCUUAUCAUCUGUUUCUAUCUUUGUUUUUGCAGAAUAUCAGUAUCUGCGUCAAAGAAAAGUUGCUUCAGUUCAGAGGUGAUGUACAUUUCAUGAUGAUUUGUUGGUGGAUGUAUUUAUAAAGGCUGUUCAUUUUUUGACAUAGUGUAUGGUAUGUUAUAUACAGCUCAAGGCCAUGGUGCAAAAGGACAAAAUGAAUAUGAGUUCAGCUUGGAGUUUCUUUCCCCGAUAAAGCCAGAGGUAUGAGUCUUUUUUAAAUAACUUAUGUGUCAUUUUCUUCUUUAAUCUUAGUAUAUUUGUCUUGCUAACCUUGUCAAAUGAUUGGACCUGUAUUCAGGUGAGCCACAAGUCCACUCAACGGCAGGUGAAUAUUACAGUGCAUAAGGAGCAGAGAGGCUGGUGGGAAAGACUGACGGCACAGGAGCGUAAACCAGUCUUCUUGGCCCCUGACUUUGACCGCUGGCUGGACGAGUCCGACGCUGAGAUGGAAAUUCGGGAGAAGGUGAGAAGUUCAACCCUGUGCGAUUUACAAUUGCGUUUAUUAAAAUUAUUAAAAAGUCAUAAUUGUUCAAUCGAGUAAGAACUAAAAUUUUAUAUUUUCUGUCUAUACUUUGUAAAGGAGGAAAAGAGGAAUAGACUGAAGGCAUCCAGGCAUGAAGAGGAGGGUAAGAACAAAUGCAGCAGGAUGCAAACCAACCAGUGGAGAAGAUAUUUGGUACAUCUUGGUUCAACUAUCUGUUUUCAGUUGCUACGUUGACUUUUUUAUCUAAAAUAUUUUAGGGUUUGUCAGCCUAAAAACCGUAUACUUGUUUGUAUACAACCUGGUCCAGUUUCUCGGUUUUUCAUGGAUCUUUGUCAACAUGACUGUGCGACUCUUUAUCUUUGGCCAAGGUGAGUCUAGGAUUCUGUGACUGAAAGUUUCUCUCGUUUGAUCAACUUCUUCACAAAAUUCAAUUAGGAGUAACACUUUUCUCAUUUCAGAUUCUCUGUAUGACACAUUUCAUACCAUAUCGGAUGUAAUGUUCUUCUGCCAGAUUUUGGCAGCAGCGGAGGUCAUAAAUGCCGCUUUCGGAGUGGUCCGGACAGGUGUUAUUCCAACUGUUAUACAGGUAUACUCAGGGAUUUUAAGUGACACAUGCUUUGCCAGAUGAGAAUAUGUUUACUUAAGAGGAAAUGAAUAGGAAAAAGGAAGUGUUGUUAGGACAUUUGAAGUGGUUUUAUUGGUUUUGCUCUUUCACAAGGUGGUUGGAAGGAACUUCGUCCUCUUCAUCAUUAUUGGUAGUUUGGAGGAAAUGCACAACCAGCCAGUAGUAUUCUUUGUUUUCUAUCUGUGGAGCUCCAUUGAGAUCUUUAGGUAAGAAUAUAUCUGCCUUGUCACUGAUGUCAAUAUUGAUGCCUUAUUUAUCACUGUUGAUGGUUAACAGUACAAUGACUUAACUUCCUAAACACAUACGAUUAAUUUCAUAUCUUGUAAAUCACACCAAAUGUUCUAGAUGGAAGAUUAAGAGCUUCACUUUUUAUAAUUGGUGAUGCUUUCCAAAUUUGGACAACAUCUGAUCAGCCCACAAUGUCCUAAUACUGACACUGAUAUGAUGCCAUUAUUUCAGGUAUCCAUUUUACAUGCUUGGCUGUUUUAAUACCGAGUGGAAAACUCUCACAUGGCUGCGUUACACAAUCUGGAUUCCGCUGUACCCUUUAGGUGUCCUAGCUGAAGGUGACUUUUUCUUCUUUUCAUUUAAUCCUUAUUAAGAGUUCAUGAGCUAUUGAAUUCAUCUAAUCUCUCAUCCCCAUUCAGCUGUUGCUGUGGUACAAUCCAUCCCCAUCUUUGAUGAGACCAAACUCCUCAGCAUUCCUCUUCCAAAGGCCCUCGGCACCUCGAUCAGCUUCUCCUCCUUUCUAUAUAUUUACCUCGUGCUCAUGUUUCUUGGUAAGUCUCAAGUUAAAAAGUAAAUGUUUGAAUGUGUGAUUAUUUCAUGGAAACUAAUUUGUUCCGAUUUCAACCAUUGAUACCCCCACUCACGCCUCUCUCUUCAGGGCUUCUUAUCAACUUCCGCCAUCUUUACAAACAGAGGAAGAAGCGUUUCCGUACCAAGAAGAGGAAAGCAAACUGAGAUUGAGCCAAUUGGACACUUCUCAAACACCUUUGCUGCCUGCUUAUUCCUGGAGAAAUCUUAGAAAUGAUCAACCAUGUUCAGUCAGUUUUAGUUUUGUAAACUCCCACUCAUGAAACUGAUGGAAAUCAGAAGUAUGAUGCAUUGAUGGUUUACUUAAAUGUCAAUCAGUAGUUUUGAUAGUUUUGUUCCUGUAGAGUGUAUUUCCAGAUCUGGUGUGGCACUGUUUUUCCUACUAUAGAGGGUAUUUUUUGACUUUCAAAACUGUGCUGUUAUCAUUUAAUAGCCAGUACUUUGUGAGUGAAUGAACAAAGUCCUCAACAACUACUGUCCUUGUUAUCAUUGUUCCACAAACCUCAGGGAAAAUUACACAGGUUACUGCUAAAAGAACAAUUUAAUGCAUCAUGUUCCCUUUACUCUUAAAAGCCUGUGUUAAGGAGUUGUGUGUGUGUCUCUUCCUUUUCUUCUAUUAUUGUGUUAUUUUUCAUUCACACCAUAAGUUCAAGCUCCAGCAGUCUUUUCUAGGCAGUUAUGUGGCACUGAAUAAAAACGGUUUUAAUACAGUAACUUUUGAAAAGAACCUACAAAGAAACAUGUAUAAAAUCUGUACACAUGAACAUUUUUACAAACACAUCAUGUAUUAUUCCCCUUUUUUGGGCUUCUCCACAAGGAGGAAGGUGAUGAACCAGGCUUAUUUAGAUUCCACAUACAAGUCUUACAAGCCGCCUCUUUCUUGGGUUUGUUCGACACACAAAUGCUGUUUCCACAUCAGACCGGAGCUGGGGCCUCUGCGUCUUAGUUCAUUUUCACUAAUUCCACCGUUGCUCAGCUCGAGAAGUCUGUGUGCAUGGGAGCAAUGUUGUGAUCGAAAGCUGCAUACUGGGAGUCACCAGUGCUGGCCAGUUUGAGUUGUUGUGCAGCGUGUGAAAGCUGAAAGGCAGCAUCUGGGUGGGCAGAGUCAGGCAGCAGGGUGCACUCUCUCUCCAGCAGAUCAGCCACUCCCUUGAGGAGCUCCCAGAAACCAAAAGCCAGGGCGGCUUUCCGAAGACGGUUGAGCUCCUGACAGAUACAUCAGAAUCAUUUAUACAGAACAACAACAAAAACCAAAAGGCAAAUUUAGCUAAACUUACCUUAUAGAAGGUUUGAGUUUUGUCUGGCAAUUUCCUUGCAUUUCUCAGGAUUUUCUGUACAUCAGUCUGUAGAGUGACAGCAUUAACAAGAAUCAUUAAAGACUAGAGAUGAUGCAUACAUUUUUAAACUGUUCAUCACACUUGAACUAGUGAAUAAAAAUACUUUGGCAUGCAUCAAUA